UUUAGAUUUUAUUUGGCAUGUAGAUAUUUCGUUUUUGUCGAGUUGAUGGUCAAAGUUUUCAUACUUAAUUUUAAGUAUUUAUUUGUUGUUGAAAGCGACGAGUGAUGAAUAUUAAGUAAGACUACGAUCUAUGAAAAUAAACUACUACUGCUUUUCAACCUACAUUUCAAAUUAAGACGGAGAAAUUGUCUGAAAUAUUACGUAAAAAAUGUCUAAAUAUACAGGAAAAAAAUGCCGUUUACUUUCAAUGAUGUGGCUUACUGCAUUUUUCUUUUUUGUGGAAAUUGUAGUCGGCUAUGUAACAAAUUCGAUGGCACUGGUGGCAGAUAGUUUUCACAUGUUAGGUGAUAUCGCCGCCCUUGUCAUAUCAUUCCUCUCAGUAAAAAUGUCUCCAAAAAAGUGGUCAAAAAAUACAUUCGGAUGGGCACGAGCAGAAGUCUUAGGUGCUCUUGUAAACGCAGUAUUUUUAGUUGCUUUGUGUUUUAGCAUAACCAUAGAGGCUUGCAAAAGGUUUAUAGAGGAAGAGGAAAUACAUGAGCCAAAACUUUUGGUGAUAGUUGGUUGUUUAGGUUUGUUGGUAAAUGUCAUAGGAUUGUGUUUGCUUUACGAGCAUGGUGGUCAUCAUGGUCAUUCGCACGGUGGUGGACUUACAAGAAAUCAUAGUAGACUUACAGAACUAGCAAAUAUAGACGAUGGAGAAGGUGAAGCCAAUGACUUUGCUUAUGAGAAAGAGAAAAAGCCAAUGAAGAAAUUAAAUCAUGGACAUAGCCACGAUGCCGGCCAUAUGAACAUGCGUGGUGCAUUUUUGCACGUGUUAAGUGAUGCAUUAGGUAGCAUAAUUGUAGUGAUAAGCGCUUUGGUGGUUUGGUUGACGGAUUGGAAAUAUAGGUAUUAUAUGGAUCCUGCACUUUCCGUCGUGUUAGUUUGCUUAAUUUUACACUCUGUUUGGCCACUUUUACGCGAAUCAGCACUAAUUCUAUUGCAAACUGUACCAACUCACAUUCAGGUCGAUGCAAUUCAGAAAAGGCUUUUAGAAAAAGUAGAUGGUGUUUUGGCUGUCCAUGAGUUUCAUGUUUGGCAAUUAGCUGGAGAUCGCAUAAUCGCCUCAGCUCACAUAAGAUGUCGCAACCUUUCGGAAUAUAUGAAAAUUGCUGAAAAGGUCAAAGAAUUUUUUCACAAUGAAGGUAUACACUCAACCACAAUACAGCCCGAAUUUGUCGAAAUAGAAGGUUGUAACAUGUCGGAUGGCACGUCUAGUAUAAAUAUGAGUGGCUCUGAUUGCGCAUUAGAUUGUCCCAGUACGGCAGAGGGUUGUGUUAAAGCGACAUGUUGCCAGAAUAACAGCAAACUAAAUCAAGUGCCCUCACCUACAAAUUCCCCUUACACCUGUCGCCAAAGGAAUUCCUCGAAAAAUCCGAAUGACUUAGAAGCAGGUUCAUCGCUUUUGGAGUGCUUAGCUAGCACGUCGAAUUCCGUCAAUAAUGGAAAUUCGGAAAAAGAUCAAACCGUAAAUGGAGAAGUAGUGUGACAUCCCCAUUUUUCAAACAUAUGAUGAAAAUAACAGAACAAAAGGGAAGUCCACAUCGCACA